UUUAAAAUUAAAUUUUAAUUUUAAAUUUUGAAUUAUAAGUAUUAACAUGAGUGAAACGAUGGGGCUGCUCAUUUAUCUUACCUUGAUUGUAAAUUUGUGAUCUGCAAUGCCCAUGCUUGAACUGCCUUUUAAAAUUUAUCAUUACUGGAUUUUGGCAAUGCGGCGACAAGAGUUGUCUUGCUGACAGGUGGGGCAUAUGUCAAGGAUGGUAGUGGGCCCACCUGUCAUCAUCCGCACGAGUGAAGGAGAUUUCAAACUAGCCACCCUUGCAUUUCAAACCCGGAAAAACCCCCCCUCUCGGUGUUGCUCACCCCGACCGGCGGGCCGCCGCUCCAAUCCACCACCCCUCCCAUGGCGGCGGCCACCGAGCAGCACUGCGGCGGCGGCGGCGGCGACAAGGAGAAAGACCUCCUGUCGGCGGUGGUGGGCGACAUCCGCUCCUAUUCCGGCUCCGACCCCCUCCGCCCAUGGCUCCGGGGCAUGAGGAAGAUGGAGGCGGCGCUGCCGCCCGCGACGCUGCGGGCGAAGCUGCCCAGGUUCCUGCAGAAGUGCGCCCAGGAGUUCCAGGACGACGCCCGCUACCGCGACGAUUCCCGCUACCUCCGCGUCUGGAUCCAGCUGAUGGACUAUGUGAAAGAUGCAAAGCCAUUGCUAAAGAAGAUGGAAAAGAACAGAAUAGGCCUUAAGAGAUCAGCAUUUUAUAUGGCUUAUGCAGUGUAUUAUGAGAAGCACAAGAGGUUUGAGGAUGCUGAGAACAUGUACCGCUUGGGAACCCAGAACCUUGCAGAGCCUGUUGGGGAGCUGCAGAAAGCACAUGAACAAUUUAUUCGGCGCGUGGAACUAUACAAGAGGAGGAAAUCUAGAGUGCAGCAGGAACGAAUGCCUAACAAGGUUCAGUCCAUUGCUAUAUCAAAGAACGAAGUUGAAGGUCAAAGCAGAAGUUGUACAAAACCGAAGUCCAAUCCAGUGCAAAGAUCAGGAAGUGGUUCUAAUCCUCAUUUGGGUUUUCCGCAUCCCUUAGGGCGUCCACUAUCUAGAGGCACUUCAGGAGAAACAAUGAGUUUGUCUCGUCAUAAUAGUGAUGAUACUGUAGUUGUAAGGUUUGUAGGCUCUGCAUUGGUUGGGAAAUCAGAAACUGAAGAUGCAUGCCAUCAUGGCCUUGUUGAACCCACUAUAAACACUAAAGAGGCAAUGGAUGCUAUCAGUAGCAUGUUUUUGGAGCCAUUGGAACCAGAAACUAAGCUCAAGAGGCGCUCAAAUCGUGAUAAACCAAGUUUUAAUCAGGAAGCAAGUGCAUUUGAGAUCUUUGUCGAUGAAGAUGAACCUAACAAGAGUGGACCCAGCAAACUCCAGGACAAAAACAUGAAGCAGGAUAAUCCAAAGUUAAGUCAGCAGGCAAGCGCAUUUGAGAUCUUUGUAGAUGAAGAUGAUCCUUACUGCAACAACCAAAAUAUGGUGCAGCAUAGGCACUUUAAUAAGGAGAACACACAGGUAAAUCAGAAUGCAAGUGGAUUUGAAAUCUUUGUUGAUGAAAAUGAGGCUCAUGGCAAUGGUCGUAAUGCCAUGAGCCAUAAGAGUAGUGGAUGUCCUCCAAAGCCAUCGCGUGAUUCAAAGCAGCAAGCCAAUUUUGACUUCCAGAAACCAUUCGUGGGAGGGUUUGCAAUACUGCCUGAUGAUGAAGAUGAACAGCUUGAGAAAAAUGAUAAUGGUGUUAAGAUCAAUUCUGGAACUGUGCAACUAACUGAUGAUAAGGACACUUCACUCUGUUCGAGACAAACUGAUUCAAAAAUAAGAUGUGAUGACUUACGUCCUGCAAUAUCUGGACUUCGAGAAGACACUGUCUUUCAUAGAUUUGUUGGAUCAGCUGUUGUUGGAGAGCCUAAAGUGGAAAAUGCUUGCCACCAUGGGUUGGUCGAACCAACUGUCAAUUUAAAGGAGGCUAUGGAUGAUAUAAAUAACAUGUUUGGGAUACCACUGAACUUCAAAGGUGAUAAACCUAAAAACAAGAAAACCACUGCAUUGUCAGAGAGAAAAGCGGCACUGCUCAGUGGUUUCUCCAUAUUAGCUGAUGAUGAACCAGGCGAAAAUCCAGCAGCCCAAGUUAAACCAAGCAAUGCUUCCAAAUUUGAAUGUCAGAGUGGUCUCUUUGAGCCCACUAUUACUACCCGCGAUGUGAUGGCUGAGAUCAAUGACAUGUUCGGAAUGCCACUGGACUUCUAAGACUAGUGCUUAAAUGGAACAGAAUAACUCUUUUGACAGAAGAGUUUUCCUUUACCCUCUCACUCACUCCUUGAGAGUGAGGUAAGGUUCCCAAGAUGUCAGAAUAUGAAAUGAAGUGCUAUGUAGUAUAUUGGUGCAUUCUUGAUGAUAAGAAGAGCUUGGUUUUUUUUGUUGAAUCCUUUGAUGCACAGCUGUUGUGUCUAGUGAAUAUUUACAUGAGUUAUUGAAAUUACAAUUCUCAAAGCUUUAUCUGAUUCAUAUUUCCCUGAUAAAAUUUGAAGUGUAGCAAAUGGGCAUUAGUUUGCUGAUUUAUACUCUUGGUAAAUGAGCACUAUCUCCUUGAAUUGCAAAUGUAUCUUACUUUUGAUGCCCUGAGUUGUUUUGCUGUAUCACUUAAAUGAGAAUUCCUUUUUCCCGCUGUUGAUGUU